AAUCGAAACGCAGUUUAGCUUGUUAUGCGAAUAAAAAAUAGUUGGAUCGGCUUCGCUGGUCGAAGGUUCUAGCCGCACCCGAUACGUCCUCUGCGACCGGAAUCCGUGUGGAGAGAAGUCGGCGACGAAUCCCGUCCCUGCGAGACGACGCGCCAACCGGCAGUCAGCCGGCGAAACCGUACAUCGUAGGUCUGAAGUCAAAAUACCCAUGGCUACCCAUGGGGGAAGCCGCAGAAGCAUGAAGGGUGCUGAAUCCUCUAGAUCCAGCCGCAGAGGCAUUAAGGAAAGUGGAUCCUCUAGAUCCAGAGGCAGCAGCCAUCAUCGUCAAACUUCGGACUAUAUCAGUUCAGAUUAUGAGUCUCCUGCAAUCACAGACUCGGAUUCUACCAGCCGAGACUCAUCUCCAUCUAGAUCCAAUCGAGAUGGCAGGCACCACAGUCGGAGAAGGCGACACAGAUCGAAGGAAUCCAGUGAUUCUGAGAUGGAGGGAGAUGGGCGGAGGAAGAGUAAGAAGAGGAAAAUUACGGAUGAAGAGAUUGCGGAGUACAUGGCAAAGAAAGCUGAGAGAAAACUGAGAAAGGCGGCAAAAAAGCUGAAUGCAAAACAUAAGCUCUCUGGAUACUCAAAUGAUUCAAAUCCAUUUGGAGAUUCAAAUCUAAACGAGAAAUUCAUCUGGGAGAAGAAAAUCCACAGGGACAUAUCACGAGGCGUUCCUCUCGAGUCAUUCUCACUCAAAUCAGAAAAGGAAAGACAGAAAGAAAGAAUUGCGGAAAUUGAGAAGGUGAAGAAACGGAGAGAAGAACGCGAGAUCGAAAAGGCUCAGCGUGAAGAAGAAAUGGCUAUGCUUGCAAGAGAGCGAGCUAGAGCCGAGUUUCAAGAUUGGGAGAAAAAGGAAGAAGAAUUCCACUUUGACCAGAGCAAAACCAGGACGAAGAUUCGGAUUCAACAAGGGCGAAUCAAGCCAAUUGAUGUUCUUACCAAGCAACUUGAUCCUUCGGAUGAUUUUGAUAUCGAAAUCAAUGAGCCGUACAUGGUUUUCAAGGGUUUAACAAUGAAGGAAAUUGAAGAGCUUCAACAGGAUAUCAAGUUGCACCUUGAUUUGGAUAGGGCUACAGAAACACAUACACAGUAUUGGGAAGCACUUUUGGUGGUUUGCAAUUGGGAAUUGGCAGAGGCAAGGAAAAGGGACGCUAUGGAUCGAGCCAGAUUGCGUGGAGAGCACUUGCCACCAGAAUUUCAGGCUGAAGAAAGGGGUUUGCAUCCCAGCAUAGAAAAAGAUGUGAAGGUCGAGUUGGAAGGAAAGAGGUAUGAGGAGUUGGAAGCUAUGCAGUCUCGGAUUGAAUCCGAGAUGCGCUCUGGCACAGCGAAAAAUGUGGAAUAUUGGGAAGCUCUUCUGAAGAGACUCCAAAUUUUCAAGGCUAAGUCGUGCCUCAAAGAAAUUCAUGCAAAAAUGCUGCGUAAACAUCUAGAACAUCUUGAAAAGCCAUCACCUGAGAGAGAAGAUGAUGAAAAAGGCGGGGACAUUAUCAAGCCGGAAGAAGAAGAAGAAGAAGAAGCAGAAGCAGAUUAUCCAGUUGAAAAUGCUGAUCGAGCAUUUUCUGCAGAGCCCAUAUUUGUUGAAGAAGAUACCAAGGAAGAAGCAGAAGGAGAUGAUGAUGAUAGGUAUGCUGGAUCAUAUUCGCCUGUGUUAGUGCACGGUGACGAAAAGGAAGAAGCGAUUGAUCCUGAAGAAGACCGAGCCAUGCUUGAAAAGAAGAGAAUGUCAGUUUUGGAAGAACGUCGCCUGCAAGAUAUGAUUCCAAAACCAUCCCAACCCACAGAUAACUUUGAAAAGAAUGCAUUGAAAGCCAUGGGAGCAAUGGAGGAAGGAGACACGGUGUUUGGCUCCAAUGAUGAAGUCAAUGUUGAUUCACAGGUAUACUGGUGGCACGACAAGUACCGCCCUAGGAAGCCAAAGUACUUCAAUCGCGUACAUACCGGAUAUGAGUGGAACAAGUACAACCAGACUCAUUAUGACCAUGACAAUCCACCACCAAAGAUUGUGCAGGGAUAUAAGUUCAAUAUAUUCUACCCAGAUCUUGUUGACAAGUCGAAAGCUCCGACUUUUGUAAUAGACAAGGAUGGAGAUAGUGCGGACACGUGCAUCAUAAGAUUUCAUGCUGGCCCACCUUACGAGGACAUAGCCUUCCGGAUUGUUAACAGAGAAUGGGAAUACUCUCACAAGAAAGGGUUCAAAUGCAUAUUCGACAGAGGGAUUCUGCAUCUCUAUUUUAAUUUCAAACGCCAUAGAUACCGUCGAUGAUGGAAAUUUCCAUUUUUUUGGGUGGUUUUCUGUUGAAGCACCAUCUGUUAUUUUAGCCGUUGCUUGAUGCAGACCUUUCCAGAUGGGGGGAAUUUCGAUCUUUUGGAGGUGCAUUUUUCUGCUGAAUUCUUGUUCAAGCACUGUAUGUUACUUUUAGCCUUUGAUUAUUGAUGCAAGGCCCUUUUUUUUUCUGGAUAUGUUUUUUUAAUAGCUCACGUUUCUUCUUUGUGGUGAUUUUGAAUCUUGACACAGCAGCUUGGUUUUAGGUAUCCCUGGGACAUGUAGGCCAUGUUCUACCUGAUACGAUGGUUUUGAUUGGAAGUUGUUUUUUAUUUGAUCUGGUCUUAUGUGAACUGAAUCAAAUAAGAAAAAGUAAUCAGUAAU